AUGUCAAAUGAAACAGCGUCUAUGAGAGAAAUACAACACAACCGACAACUCAUUAUACAAGCUCUAAAUAAGAACACAACAAACUUUUCAAACUAUUCUAAGAUAUCUGAGUCAUUGAAAGAAGGAAACUUAAAACUGACAUUAAACCCAAUGACAGAUGAGUUUCUGUUUCAAGACAAUAAGAACCAUACUGUCUGUAUAAAUCCAACAAAAGGAACUUUAAACGAGAAACCUAUAAAUGAACUUCUUUUGAAAGCAGAUGUUGGCAACAAAGCUGACAAAGAAUAUGUAGACGAUGCAAUAGCAAAAGAAGAAGAAAGAGCUAACAAAGCUUAUGCAACAAAAGAACAUACUCAUCCUGAACUAGCAGACAAAACAUAUGUUGACAAUAAAAUGUCAAGUGAAGUGACAAGAGCUGAAAACGAAUAUUCUAAAAAGACUCAUACACAUUCUAUAUCUGAAAUAACAAACUUACAAGAAACCUUAAACAGGAAAAGUGACGUUGGACAUACACAUACCAUUGCAAAUAUUACAAACUUACAAGAAACCUUAAACAGGAAAAGUGCCGUUGGACAUACACAUACAUCUUCUGAAAUAACAGACUUAAACGUUAGCCUUGAAAAUAAAGCAGAUAAAACAUAUGUUAACGAAAUAUACCAAAGUUUAGUUGGAACAAAAAAUAUUGAAACUAUUGUUGGCGACUUUUCUGUCAAUGAAGAAAACAAAUAUUUUAGAUGGGAGUUUGUACAGUCCUUAGAAAAUGGUACACGGUAUAAACUCAUUCCGAAAAAUAACAAUGAAAUGUAUGUAAGCUAUAAAAAGAACGAUGGUACACAAGUUAAAGUUCCAUUAGACAACAACUGCUACUUAAACUUCUAUGGAGACGAACAAAAGAAAUAUUUAAGAGUUUAUGAAAUGACAGAUAUGACAUUGCCUGACCCAGCUCCAGCACCAUACUAUUAUGACUAUGGAGAUGACGUUAGAACACCACAUGUAGAUGAACAAAAGCUAACAUUAUAUUUAGAUUAUUAUAGAUAUAAAAGAUAUAAUGCAAUAGAAAAAACGAGAAUAGUAUACUAUUAUGAAGAUGACAGAAACAAAUAUUAUAGUCAAGACUUUACCUACCCUGAAAACAUAAGAUUAUAUUAUAAAAAAUAUUCUGACUUAAACCAGAAGAAACCUGAAAUAGUUGCACUAUAUUUUAAGUUCAAAAGAGACAAUCCUAUAAUGUCUCAUAUGUUUGAUUUAAUGAACCCAGUAGGUUCUAUUUAUACAUCUAUGGAAGCAAGAGGUCCUCAAGUAAUGUUUGGUGUUGGUGCAUGGGAACAAAUAGUUGACAGGUUUUUGUAUUGUGCAAACUCUUCAAAGGAAACAGGAGGAAGUAAAACGAUUUCAGGUGAAAAUUUACCUGCGCACAGUCACUACAUAGAUUUAAGUACAUCUCAAGCAGGU